CCACCACCGACCGACGGCUGGAUCUCAUUCUUUCUCCACCUUCCCUCAACCAUUGCAUCACUCUAGCCCACAUUCCCCCCGCCCGUCCCCAUCGCCGCCCAUCGCAACAGCAGCAUCAAAGGCCCCAGCUGGCCACACGACGGCCAUGACAAUGGUCGAGCUUGCACCCCGACGACCAGGCGGAUCCGACUCUCCAGCCCCAGUCCUUCCGGCACCGUCACCAUUGACGCCGCUGCAGCUCGAGCCGACCACCGAACCACAAUCCGCCAACGGUACUGGUGGCGAGCACAGCCACCACUAUCCACCACAACCUGCGCCUUCAUCAGCACCACCACUAGCUGCAACAGCAGCAGCCACCGCCGCCCACAACAACAAUGGCGACGAGGAUUCAUCGGCAGGCGCGGUCACUGCUUCGAGCCACGAGCCAAAAGACCACACCUCAGCUCCACAUACCAAGAAGACAUUGACCCAGUACAUUGCUGCUAAUCCAUCCCACACUGUUGGCACGGCAAAGCGGCGCCUGUUUCCGUCGCCCAACCCAUUCGUCCGUCUCGCGCAUAGGUUUCAGGUCAAGCACUCGGUCAUUGACGGCAUGACACCCGAAGAGCUCGCACACUGGCAGCAGCGAGGCGCAGAGCUCCGACGCAAGGCCGGUUGGCGACUCGCAGAUGAGGACGCCGAAGGCGUCGUCGUCUCUGAACUCUUCUGGAACAUGUACCUCUCGAUCAUGCCCACGACAAAGCGCGACCCCUUGGCUGGCAUGUGCGCGCCCGACCUGCUUGGCAGCACCACGACCAUGCCCCUCAGCAUCAUCUCUGUCAUCCCCGACAUCAUGCAGCACUACCGUGACGUCAUUGUACGCGCAAAGGAAGAGAUCUUUCUGGCCACAAACUACUGGCAGCCCUCCGACUCGGUCAACACGGUGUCGGGGGCGCUUCGUGACCUUUCGGCCAAGGUCAUGGAGGCCAAGCGGCCCAAAGUGAUCGUCAAGAUCAUGUACGACCGCGGAAGCUUGGAGCAGAUAUGGAAUGCCCACGCUCCGGUCAAGUCGUCGGGGUGGACGCCAUUGGAUCUCCCAGCCAAGGAAGACAUUCCCGGACUGGACCUGGAAGUCAUCAACUUUCACAAGAUGCUUCUUGGCACGUUCCACUGCAAGUUCUUGAUUGUGGAUCGCAAGGUGGUGCUUCUGAACAGCAACAACAUUCAAGACCGCCCGAAUCUUGAGAUGAUGACGCAUCUGGAAGGCCCCGUUGUCGACUCAUUUUACGACAUUGCGCUUCACUCAUGGCACAACAAGCUAGAGCCACCCCUUCCCCGGAUCGACAAGCCGUAUGACCCUCCUCGGGACCCCAAGACUGGCGAGAUCCGCUACCUGUUCCAGGACCGCAACCCUUACUUUUCCGACAUUGAGAUCAUGAAGGCUGCUAGAGCCGCACGGCUUCUGCUUCGUCGCCAAGCCCAGGACCUGGAUGACGAGCGCGCCAGGUCGGGUGCGGAAUCGGCACACCCUACCCGUGAUCGCCUGUAUGAGGCAGUGCGCCAAGUCAUUGCAAACCAGAGGCAGAACAUCUCACAUACGCAAGAAGAGUUUGCCCUGCGCUCAGCCAACGCCAUGACGCAGAUUCGUGACUUUGGAGAGCGCUUCGGGUUUGGCAGUCGCCCUGGCAGCCGUCGAACGAGCGCCACAGACCUCACAAAGCUUGCUCGUUCAGAAUAUCAAGACUCGGAAACUGCAGCCAUCACUGCAGCCAACGCCCGCAACACGGCGCCAUCAGUAUCGGCCCCAACAUCACCAUCCCUACACGGCAUUCCGCUCAAGACAAAAGCAUCCUUCACACCAUCGCAUGCUAGAUUCUCGGUCGGAGACACCACUGAUGACGACGCCCUCAACUCGCCCGCCAGGACCGAGGAUACCACGCAUGUUGACAGCAUUCCUCCCUUGUCUCUCCACGGUGAUGCCGACAGCAAGCAAGAGUCGGUCAGCACCGUCACCGACAGCCCCUUCCAGACCGUGACCGAGAUGCCGACGGUCAAGGAAGACGUGGCGGCUGAACAUAGCGCCCCAACGGCUGCGGUACCAGAAACUGGCAGAAACGGUCGUCCCGUUCUGCACCUGGCUACUGGAGUUCGCACUCCGGGUCAAUCAGCAACAAGAACACCAAUUCGCGCAACGGGCGCUCGGACACCAAGCCGGAACUACUACGAUGACAGCCCCCUGCCGUCUGGCGCGGCGACCCCGACCUACCGCCCCAAGGUUUCCAUGGACGAGCCCAUUCCGGAUGGAGCUGGAUCAAAGCGACUCUUCAAGCUGUCAAAGCGAUUCAAUGCCGGUGCUCUCUCUGAAGCAUGGGCGACCGUGGACGACUCUGACGACAUUGACACUUUCCGACCUCACGUCGUCCACUCGCCACACACUCCUUUCCCAGUGGCCAUGACUUGCCGCCGGCCCCAUGGUAUGCCUGGCCACCAGGAUAUCCGAAACCCCCAAAACGCAGCAUGGCUCGCUGGAUUCCGCUACGCCAAGAAGCGUGUGCUGAUCCAGACGCCAACCCUCAACGCCCGUCCCAUCGUCCGAGCCAUCAAGCAGACAUGUCGCCGUGGUGUCGAAGUCGUCUUGCUUCUUGACCUGGGCUUCAACGACCAGGGCGAGAGUAUUCCGUUCCAGGGAGGAACAAACGAGCAGGUCGUCGACCGACUCUACAAGAAGCUCGGCGCCGAGGGCAAGUCCAAGCAUCUCAAGGUGUACUGGUACACUGGCAAGGACCAAGUGCGACCUCUAAACGCCGUCAAGAAGCAGCGUAACUGUCACAUCAAGUUUGCUUCCUUUGACGACGAGGUCAUGUGUCUUGGAAAUGGCAACAUGGAUACCCAGUCCGUCUUCCACAGUUCAGAAGUAAACGUUAUCCUGGACAGCAAGCAGCAGACGAAGGAAAUGAUUGAGACGCUCUUCACCAACCAAAACACGAUGCAAUAUGGAGGCGUUGAGGCGGAUGGUGUCUGGCGCGACGACGAAGGCCACACCCUCAGCCACUAUGGCGCGACGGGCGGAGGAGGCUUCAUGAGCGGUAUGAGCGCGUUCAUGAGGUUUGCAAAGACCGCUGCCAAGUGAGAUAUACAUAAACAACUACGACCAUACCAUCAGAGUCUUUGCGAUACCCAAGAUAUACAUAUACCGAUUGUCCUGCACUGUGUAGUUAGUUAUACAUAUCCCUUUGCAUGUUUGAUGCUGGAUGGA